UCACUGCCAGGCGCCCGGCGGCACGUCUGCUGGGCCUGCGGCGGGCUUUUCGGGGACAAAGAUGGCUAUGGCCAGCGAUUUCUACCUGCGCUACUAUGUAGGGCACAAGGGAAAGUUUGGACACGAGUUUCUGGAAUUUGAGUUUCGGCCGGACGGAAAACUUAGAUAUGCUAACAACAGCAAUUAUAAAAAUGAUGUCAUGAUCAGAAAAGAGGCUUAUGUACACAAGAGUGUAAUGGAGGAACUGAAGAGAAUUAUUGAUGACAGUGAGAUUACAAAAGAAGAUGAUGCUUUGUGGCCUCCCCCUGACAGGGUUGGCCGGCAGGAGCUUGAAAUUGUAAUUGGAGAUGAACACAUUUCUUUUACCACAUCAAAAAUAGGUUCUCUUAUUGAUGUUAAUCAGUCAAAGGAUCCUGAAGGUCUUCGAGUAUUUUACUAUUUGGUACAGGACCUGAAAUGUUUAGUUUUUAGUCUUAUUGGAUUACAUUUCAAGAUUAAACCAAUCUAAAUUGUGUGUUUUUUGAAACUUGUUUAUAUUUAAUUAAGGGAUGGGUGAGGGAGGGUUUGUCAUUUAUGAUGUUGGGGUUUUUAUGAAUGUGAAGCAAGCUUCUUUUGUAUGCAAAUUGAAAAUAAGAAAAUACAUAAACAGGCUUAAUGGUUAUCUUCACUUGGGUCCAAGGGGAUUGGAUAGUCCCCACACACAUUAAAUUCUCUAAAUAAAAGCCACCUUUAUUGAAGUUUUGCUCCAAUAAAAUAUAUCAAAGCCUG